UAAGACUUCUUAUAUAUAAGAAGAUCGCACGUGGGUUCAGCAAUGCUGUGCUCCUCGAAUGGCGACCAAGGAGAGGCCCCCGCCUGGACCAGAUGGCCGCUCCAGCUGGAUCAUCGCUGGGGUCUGCUUCUUAAUAUCUCUCCUGUCUGCCGCUUACUCUCGAUGCUCCAGCCUGUUCUUCACUGCCACUAUGUCAACGUUUGGGGUGCACAGGGCAGACGCUGCUCUGCCCGUCAGCGCCGUUGGAGGGUUUUAUAACCUCGCGGGUCUCUUUGCCGGUCCACUCAUUCACCUGUACGGUGUUCGACGCGUGUCUAUUGCCGGUGGAAGCUUGAUGGCUGUUGGACUAAUAUCAUCUUACUGUGCUCAGGGAACCACCUUCCUCAUAGUAUCCUUAGGUUUCAUUUACGGGAGCGGGUACGGCAUACUAUUCGCUUCUGCACUGGUUGCAAUCAACCAAUACUUCGAGCGGCACAGAGGCGUUGCACAAGGCAUCAACCUGACGGGGGCUACAAUGGCGUCCUUUGUCUUCCCCAAGAUGCUGGAGUACCUGAUCAACCAGGUCGGCAUGAGAAUGACACUCCUGGUACUCGGUGUCGUCUUACUGAAUCUCCCUCUACUGAGUCUCCUUCUUCGGCCUCCACCUUGGGACCUCGAGAAAGUGAACGUGUCUUGCAUUGAGAAAGUGAAGAUAGAAAAAAAAGAAUCUCCGUCUGCACUGGAAUCCAGCAGACAAGUGUUGUCCAAUCCUCGCUUCUACUUCCACGCGACUGGUUAUUUCUCCUUCUCCUUCUUCCUGGACAGUUUCUUGACGAUCGUUGUCGAUUACGCGGUCGACAGUGGCCUCAGUGUGUCCGACGCCGUGUUUAUGCUGACGCUCUUCUCCAUAACAGAUACUGUGGGAAGGCUUUUGCUGCCAGUCAUCGGAGAUCGAAAUCUCGUUUCGCACACAACUCUCAUGACAAUCUCGUACAUGGCGAUAGCACUACUAUCGCAGCUCUUGCCGUGGAUGCAUGGAAAAUUGACGCUCUAUGCGGUCUGCCUCGCGUUUGGCUUGCCAAUGGGUUAUGCCAUCGUCGGUUUCACGCAAGUCCUCACGAAUGAAGUGGGGCUAAAGAACCUCCCCGUGGCUUACGGAUUCGUGGCGGCCAUCACAGCAGUGGGAUCCUUUGCAAGGCCUCUUAUCAUAGGUGAGACACCUUGGGUUAUAUACCAUUUGAGUUACACAGUAGAGCACUGCACGAGCCCGGGCUUACCCGACAACACGAGCCCAGCCCGGCCCGGCCCGUGCCGGGUAAAGCUUUCUUUUUGCGGGCCUGGGCUGGGCUUGGGUUUGAUCAUUAUGGGCCCAGGCCAGGCCCGUAUAUUGCCGGACCUAGGUCGGACUCGAGCCUGUGUUACCCCUCUUUUAGUUAGCCACGGUCAAAUUUUACAGCCUGACACAAUGGGCCGGGUAGCCUAUACAUUUCUCGGUCUCCGGUCUGGCUUGGGCCGAAAAACUAAGAAUCCUUCGGGCUUGGGCCGGGCUAGGUCUGCAGCCGUCGGGCCGGGCGGGUAAACCAAAAGAAGGCCGGGCUGGGCCUGGGCCUAAAAAUCCGGCCCGUGCAGUGCUCUAUUACACAGGCAGACAGAAAAGGGACAAGAUCCUCUAAAGAAAAAAAAAAAAGACGUUUGCUUUUGGCGAUGUCCGACAAAGAGAUGUCCGACAGCUUUACCAGUAUUAUAACGGAAGCCAAAGCUUCCGUAUAUUUGCUAAACUUAAUCUUCCUUUUUAAAAAGUGUUACUGAAAUAUCGAUCAGCUCGAAAGUUCACAUAUGUAUAUUCGAUCCAACAACUCCCGUCGUCGCUCUAAUCUACUGACACUCAUCGCUUCUUUCUUAUGUCACAGGCUACUUCAGGGAUUCAUAUGGAAGCUACGAAGGACUUUUCAAACUCCUGGGUGGCAUGAUGACCAUAUCAUUUAUAUUUAAUGCUGUGCUAU